ACCCAGACUUUGAAGGUGUUUGAGUACCCCGAUACUGAUUUACGCCCUUAAUGACUGCCUGAGUCCUACUAUUCUUAACAAUUUAAAAGGUAGCAAAACAUUAUCCAGUAUACGAUUUGCAACGACUAGCGCGAACUCUCCAAAUCCCUAAAUCCCUACCAAUCCACCAUAUAAAUUUCUUGGUUUUCCUUUGUUAGCUUUAUGAACUUCUAAAAAUCACCUUUCAAGACCAUUUUAACGAAAAAAGUCACGUUUCCCCUUCCCAGGAAGCACGAUAAAUAUUGAUUGAACCUUUCUUAAAGGAAGGCACGAAGCCGUCAUUUCCGUGUUCCAUGCUCGCAUAUUGAUGAGAUAAAGGAAUUGCAAAGGAGUCCAGAUCUAGUGAACGAUCACUGCAAAGAAGGUCUUCCUCAGCCCUCAUUCAAUCCGUGUCACGCAUUUCGUGCCCUGCUUUUUCUCUCAGCAGCUUGAGGAAAAGAAUUAAGAAUCUCACAUCAACGAGUUACUAUCUUUUAUCACCUGCUCUCACUUCCAAAUCUAUUUCGUCGAACAAUUGCGUUCACGAAUUCACGCCUUUUUGUCAUCUGUUCUUUUCAUUUUGUUGAACGUACCCCGAGUUUAUCUCCUGGGUUUCCAUCCAUCUUGGUGUCUCCACCUAUCGUUUUCUAUCUUAAGGAAGGCUCUCGGAUUGGACAAAGAAUGUCUGAAGGUUAUAACAUGGAGAACGGCCAGGCAGAUUCUCGAUUUUUGCGCGAAAACUUGUCUGGAUGGAAUCCUGGUUAUCCUCUCGAACCGCCGAUCUCGACCACAGUUCAGGCAAAUUUAAACUGUCAAGUCACGGGCCAUGAAGCUACCACUACCAGUCAGGCAACUGUGCUUGGUGAAGAACGAUGUUUUGGACAGCCACUCGAGCCCAAUUGGUGUUACCCGAGUGACCAACACCAACAGCAAACAUGGGCACCGGGAUGCGUCACAAGCAGUGUGGUCUCGAGGGAGGAAGACACGCGACUAAACAACUAUCCCCCACAGUGGAUCAAUAACGAUGCUUAUGAGACUGGAGGCUCGACACUUAGGAAUUCGGUGGAUAAUUUUCACGAGGCACGCAACAAUUAUGCUGUUGUCAAUCCGUUCGUCAACUACGACCAAGCAGCAUUCUCAGCGCAAGAUAUCCCAGCCUAUCCUCCAUGCGCGCAAGGCAACUUUGGCUAUCCACACAGCCUCGCCACUAAUCACAGUCACUACCUGAGCGUCCCCAUACCUGCUGGAUAUAUCCAUGUCGAUAAUGAUCAGAACCUGGCCCCAAAUCGACCCGCUGGGCUUGCGGAACUGACAGGUGCCGCUGUCGAUGGCGGUACAUGGCCUUCCAGCCCAUCAAUAGAGGAAUUGAACCGUGAUUUCCAAAGGCUCUCAUACCAAAUUGAGCAACCAUCACUAGCUCUCCCCACAUCGGCCGCCUUCAGCCCGUCGCAAUACCCUCCUCGAUCAUAUGGAGCCUUCAGUUCGCAUAAUCCGUCUAUCAAUCAUUUCACACCACAGCCUGCGACGGGUCUCCCGGAAGACCAAACUUUCGUUACCUCUGUCUUGCUGCCGACCUCGGUGCCGUCACGCCUAGAUUCUCUAUUGCCAAGCUCGUUGCCACCACGCGUAGAUUCUCUAUUGGUAACCUCGGUGUUACCCCGCGUAGAUCCUGGAAACAUCCCGUCGAACUUCGGCACUAUCAACGGGUUUUUACCGGAUCCGCGCAGCACUCCUAUGGUAGAAUCGAAUUCGGUCGAGCUCCCAUUACGUUUGGAUGCAUCAUUUGAAGGUCAUUGGCCACAUUCACCUCUGGCACCUGAUAAUGCUAGACAAUCUCCGCCGGAAUACCCAAGUUACCCGAUAAACUAUUCCGCUGUGAAUUGCGACUCGUACGAAUCAUUAUUGAAACCACUGUCACUAUCGGCAUCAAGCCGCGAAAUGAAUCAUCCAAUCUUGGAUACUUCACAGUCACCUUCAACUAAUGUUCCAGCCUGCACGCCAUCAACAUCAGGUGGAAGGGGUUCAAAGAAGCGAUCCUCGUUAUCAUCGCAAAUCAUCUUGCCAUCAACAAUCAAAGAAUUCAACUACGGCGAUACCGCUUUGAUAACAAAGGGAAGCAGAGGUCGAAGACCGAUAACUCGACCAAAUACUGAGGAUUCGUCUGACGACAUGAGCAUCAUUAAGCCGGUACUUGCGCCAAAUGCACAAUUUUUUGGUUCUCAUUGGGAUGUAAGGGUUGAACCUGAAUUAUUACAUUCCAUGGAAACGGAGAAGACAAGGAAGGUUAAGAAGGCUUUCGUUUGUAAAAUCGACCGUUGUACAACAUGCUUCAGGAGAAGCGAACACCUUCGACGACAUGUUCAAACUCGUCAUUCAGAUGAAAAACCAUUCGGAUGCUCUUGGCCCGGCUGCAACCAAAUGUUCAACAGAAAUGAUAAUAUGAGGCAACAUCUCCGAACCCACUACCGCCGACAGAGUUCUAACCGCUGAAAAUAUCAGCAAGUUGCGGUGUGCGCCAUUUAAGGCCUAUCAUUCGUCGAGCCUCUAUUCACUCAUCAAUUCCUAUUUCAAUUCCUAUUUCAAUUUAGUCCACAGUCAUCCCUCCUCAGUCAUGAUCCGUUAUCACUAUUUCCAAAUCUGUUUCUCAUCAAUACAUAUGUACAGUCUACGAGC